AAGAAAACGACCGUUAUCCCAACACGUUGAUUCGCCAGCCAUCGACGUUGUUUGCUCUCUUGCAGCAACCGAUUGUCUCUUACUCCCAUCCUAGACAUUCCUGGGUCCUCCGCAGACAAGGUAGUUACCCCAAAUUUAAGACAUAGGCAACUACUCCCCCAGCAUCUCGUGGACCUUCAAAUUCAAAGCAUGGCACUUGCUUCUAUGCGGCCUUCUCUCUGCCUUUGCCCCAUCGUCCUACGUUGCGCAUGAAUGAAUCUCUCUAUGCCUGGCACGGCCAAUAAGAUUGAGGAUCCAUGCCAGGAAUGUCGAGGUGUGUGAAUAGCCUUCUCAUCCAUCCUUUCAUUUGAUCCCACGACUUACGCUGGCGUCUGCUUCUCCAGAGCGACAUCUCAAAUGCGAUGACAGCCGGCCAAAAUGUAAGCAAUGCGAAAGGCUAGGUCAAAAGUGCAGGAGGGGCAAGGGCAAGCUCAAGUUUCGCCACGGUUCCAGCGCCCGCUAUGACACCAGUUUUGCCAAAGACCAGACAUGGUUGGAACAGACCAAAAGUGCAAAGUUCCAAUUCGUGGAUCAGGGCCCAGAGUUGGAAAACUACUAUUCCCAAGAUGAUAUAGUGGUUACCACCGCAAGACCGCAGCCUCAGGACCCAAAGCUUGAAGAACCUAUCGGUGACAAGCGAUACGAAAUAUCUGUUGGGACCUCCCCAGCCGUCUACAGUGCGCCUGCAACCGAAGCAGCAUUCUUGUCACCUCAGCCAACCCACGAGACGGUCGUGGGACACUCGCCUAUAAAAAGACGACGCACGGCCGACUCUACUACGCAACCCCAUCGACCUCGGUGGUCAGAUGGCGCCUAUGACCCCAUUCGUUCGCAAUAUCGAAUGUAUGACCCUCCCAAACCGUUUGGUCCUGUCAACGCAGAAGACUCCCCAUACAUGCCAGCCCAAAGGCAUGUGCCUAAAUUGGUCGAGGCUGAAUAUCGUCGUUUGGCCGAUGCCGACGCUGCCACGAUCCCGGCGGAGCCUGAAUUGUCUCCAGCGACAUGGAAAAAGGAGUUUUAUUGGCCAAACCCGUUCACAACUACACAAUGUGCCUGUCUGAUGCGAUACUACAUCCAACAUUUGGCACCAUGGUUUGACGUUGGCGACCCAGCGCGACACUUUACCUUGACGGUCCCACAACGUGCGAGGAGGUGCCCACCUUUACUCAAUGCAAUCUUCACCGCCGCUUCGAGGCACAUGGCUUCGAGGCCUGAGAUCAAGCCGGUCGAUGGCAUUGGACAUUAUAGUGACAUCCCAUUGCCGAAUCUGACCGCCGACACAGCAUUGAAGUACCACAACGCCUGUAUUGCGUACCUGAUCAAACUCUCGACCGACGCCGAGCAUGUCAGAGACGAGGAUCUAUUGGCAGCGGCCGUCAUUUUGAGGUAUUACGAAGAGAUUGAUACAACAAUCACCGGAAAGGACAGCGAGACAUUUCUUCACACGUUCCAGCUGUUUGUCCAUGCCCAAUCCAGCCCAUACUCGGACAUUCUGCUGGAUGGAACGGCGCCGCAGUAUCUUCGGCCAGGAUCGACCAUGCGCCUUCGAGAGAAUGCUCUGGCUUACCUCAAGAGUUUUCAACACGCGACAUUUCGAGUGGCAUUACGGCAAGAGACUACAAUCGCAUUCAUGAAGCAAAGAGCUGUUAGACUACCGUUGCAAGCAUGGUCUAUCCUUCAAGGGUUUGAGGAGGUGGAAGACUUUGUCUGGUCUGAUCGACAUCUUUACCACUGCGCCCAAGUUCUUCAAUAUUGCUUUGGCGGGGAUCUGACAUCUGGCAGAGCCGGUCUAGAUCGAUGGAACGAACUCAAAGACUUUGAAAACCAAUGGGCUGAGGCGAAACCGUUGACGUUCUCACCCAUUUACUACGAGGACGCGGACCGAGCCAAGGGAAAAUAUCUCCCUCAAAUUUGGUACAUGGCCGAGACGCACAUCACUGGCUUACUCCAUCUGGACCUGUCACGGAUCUUGCUGACGGUGUACAAUCCCAACAUUCCACUCAUUGGGCCAGGAGCUUCGGUGGCACGUCGAAGGAUUGCCGACGAGGUUCAUGACAUUGUGCUUCGACUGUGUGGCACGGCGGUAUCAGCGGCAUCCCAACCGGCAAUGGUACAGGCAUAUAUGGCGAUUGCUGUUUGUGGAGCAUACUUCUCGGAUCCCGACGAACAGGAUGUUCUACUGAAGAUUUUGGAUCGACUAGAAGACGAGUUUGGCUGGCCAACCAGCAAGACAGCACUGGAGUUAAAGCGGGAAUGGGGUCGGGGGUGACAUGCUUCAGUUCUUAGGAUUAUUUCUCGUGAGGAUUUCGGAUUCUUUCUGACGAAAAAAUGCCAUCGACGAUUCCUACUGUGCUGCAUCAAUGGGAAGGAUGGUGUAACAGGAUAUACAAUGUUAGGACAGCUGGACAGCUACGAGGAUUGGUACGAUAAAUAACAUGGGGCGUUGGAUCUUGACGACGCUGCCCGCUUCACAACGCAUUUUUGCUAUGGUCUUCUGUCAGAUACUGAGGCGGGCGACAUUGAAAUGUAGAGACUUGUUUACUG